AUGGGUUUUAAAAAUAUCUAUGCUUACAAUCUAGCAAUGCUUGCAAAGCAGGGAUGGCGAAUUGUUACCAAUCCUAACUCUUUAAUAGCAAAAUUAUACAAAGCUAGAUAUUUCCCAUAUGGUACUUUUUGGAACGCUGAACUUGGAGACUCACCAUCCUUUUCUUGGAGAAGUAUUCUCAAUGGAAGGCCAAUCUUAAAAGCAGGGGUACAGUGGAAGAUAGGAGAUGGAAUUCUUGUUAACAUAUGGGACGAUAGAUGGAUUCCUACUGCUCAACAAUAUCGGAUUUCACGGCCUCCACAAGCUCACUGUGCAAAGCUUAUUGGAUUGCACGGGACCAAGUGCGCGCUACAACAAGCUCUAACCUCGACAUCUAAUGGUAAUCCGUAUAAGGAGCUGUGGAACAAGAUCUGGAAAGCACAAGUCCCAGGGAAGGUCCAAAUAUGUGUAUGGAGAGCUUGCAACAACUUGUUAGCCACAAGAGAAAGACUGCUCACCAAGGGUUACAAUGGAGAGACGCGUUGUCUACUUUGUAUUCAUCCCAUUGAAGAUAACUCCCAUUUGUUCUGUAAGUGUCCCAUUGCUAAGCAACUUCUUAUAGCUCCACCAUUUAACUUGCAGGACAGUUUGCUGCCUAAUAUCAAUUUCAAAGAAUGGAUGCUAGAACGAGCAAUGAGCCUCCAACCACAAAUCUUUGCAAAGCUAUUGAUGAUUAUCUGGGCCAUUUGGAAGAAUAGGAACAACAUGUUAUGGUCUGGCACUCAACAAACUGCUCAAGAUUUAAUGCUAAGCUGUGUUACUUGGUUGGAGGACUUUCAAAAAGCCAGGCCUGGAAGUCUCAAACCGGUGAAACAUACCAGGCAGAAAUGGGUGCCUGCAACUAAUGGUUGUUAUAAAUUAAACGUGGAUGCUGCCUUCAUGCAUAAUCAAAAUAAUGGUGGAAUUGGAGGUGUAAUCCGAGAUGCUACUGGACAGUUUGUCGCUGCCUUUGCUAGACCAGUUCCAUGCACAGCCUCACCAAAACAAUGUGAGCUUCUAGCAAUCCGAGAAGGAAUUGAUCUACUGUACUCGCUUCAACUCAAUGAAGUCACCAUUGAAAGUGACUGUAUGGAAGCUAUUCAGGAGAUACAUUGUCCAGACUAUGAGCUGUUGGCUAAUGGCAGCAUUGUAGAUGACAUCCAUCGUACUUGGGGGAAACUGAAAGGAGUGCACUUCGAUUAUACUCCUCGAUCUUGUAAUAGGGUGGCACACCGUUUAGCAGCUAUAGGUUUUGAAGCGACCCAGGAUGUUGUCUGGACGAGUCAAGCACCAGAAAGUAUUUUCGAUGUGCUUGAUAAAGAUUGUAAUCAGCUCACUUGA